AUGAAGUGCAAGCCGAACCAGACGCGCACCUACGACCCGGAGGGCUUCAGGCAGCGCGCCGCGUGCCUGUGCUUCCGGAGCGAGCGCGAGGACGAGGUGCUGCUGGUGAGCAGCAGCCGCCACCCCGACCGCUGGAUCGUGCCCGGCGGGGGCAUGGAGCCCGAGGAGGAGCCCGGCGGCGCGGCCGUGCGAGAGGUGUACGAGGAGGCGGGAGUCAGGGGCAAGUUGGGCCGGCUCCUGGGCGUCUUCGAGCAGAACCAAGACCGCAAGCACCGCACCUACGUGUAUGUACUGACUGUCACCGAGAUUCUGGAGGACUGGGAAGACUCGGUGAGCAUUGGGAGGAAGCGAGAGUGGUUCAAAGUCGAAGAUGCCAUCAAGGUUCUCCAGUGCCACAAGCCCGUGCAUGCCGAAUAUCUGGAGAAACUAAAGCUGGGCGGUUCCCCAGCCAAUGGAAACUCCAUGGCCCCGUCCCUGCCAGAGAGCGAGCCCUAGUAAACAGCAUAGAUGUUCAGACUCAUCUGAAAGAACCCGAUGAUGAAUGGAAUUGUGAACUAUAGGUGAGCUCUUUCACGCUCCAAGGGACGCAGCGCAGCCUCUGCUCUGGACACUUCUCCCUGUUCAUUACAGUGACUAUUAUCUAGGUUGUUGCACUACCACUGUAUCUGUACAGACUUCAAAUGUGGCAGCCCUAUGGCCUAUUUCUGCUGUUAGGAUUAUUUGUCUGUAAUUCCCCAGGUUACAUGACCUCUAGUGCAAGUACCUUGUUUACUUAGUCUAUUUUUACAUAUCUGAUAUACAAGACAUAACUUGAAAUAUGAUAGAUAUCACUGAAGAUUUGUUUAAAUGAUAUUUUGUAAUGAUACCUAGUGGCAAAGCAUUCAUUUUCUAAUCUGAUGUUAUUAUAGUACUGUCUAGCAUAUAUGUGGAUUCUACAUGCCAAAUGUCACACAAGUUCUCAAGGCAGCUGUGAGAUUAAAAAAACAAAAAUUAUUACUCAUAUUGCCUAUGUCAUCCCAGACAUUUUUGUGCCGUCUAAUGGCAGUGUGCUGAAAAUAAUUGCCAAAAUUUUGAACCUAAAUCUGACUGUGCCUCUAGAUGUAAUUCUUAAUCUGUGAAAAAUACAGGGAAGAGAGAAACUUAUCACUGUGCACCACAGAAAUGAUGUCUGCAGAUUCAAAACUGUAAAGGAGAAAUGACCCCGUUUCUUCAAAAAUAAAUGUUCCGAAGAAAGAUCAAAGUUGCACCUAUAGAUUCAGUGAAUUUAAGCGACAUAUCAACUAAUUGUGAUAAAUGGGCUUAUUUUUGGAUCCUGAUUUGACCAAACUGUAACAAGCAAAUCUGUGAGACAAUCAGGAUAACUUAAAAAUUGACCUGAUACUUCAUAUUAGUUGGGAUAAUGGUUUUGUGGUUAUGUUGAAAACAAGAGUCCUUAUCUUUAGAGAUACAUUCUCAAAUAUUUAUGGUAGAAAUGAAACCUGGAAUUUGCUUCAAAAUAAGCCUGUGGAUGUUAAGUGCUUUGGAGGUAUUGAUGAAAUGAGAUUGAUCUUGAUAAUUGUUAUUAAAA